AUGGCCAAGCACCGUCGCGGGUGUGCUCUGCCUCCUCGGAGCUCCGUCGCCGCGGGCGCGAGCUGGUCCUCCACCACCGGCGAUCACGGACACGAGUGCAGCUGGUCCUCCUCCCCCGGCGUGCUCUGCGGGGGAGCUGGUCGUCCACCACCGGCGUGCGCGGACGCGAGUGCAGCGGCGUCGCCAUGCCCGACGCCCCCAACCGCUCGCGAGGAAACUACUGCGUUCGCAUCUGCGCUGAUGACCCAGGUCCCGUUUCUUUGCACGCAUGCCCGCAACGCUUCGGGUAAUGGUGAGGCAAUAUAG